GAUAUUCAGGACACAACCCGAACCCGGAACUAUGAUUUGAACAGUACAGUGUGUACAGUGUGUGUGUGGUGUCUGAGUGUUAAACUGAAGCAUAUGGAGUGCACUGUGUGGAAUAAAGUGAUCAUCUUCCUCCUGUUCCAGGUCCCGGAUGUAGCUCUCUGCUCUGAGCAGGACACCGGCGGCUGGGGCCUGGACUCCAGUCUUGCUGAUGAAGGGAGCUGCAACAUCGAUAUCAGAGACGCCACAACAAUCACACACACACAGUUUCUAGAGGAAUACGCCUACACUAAGCCUGUAAUAUUAAGAGGACUUACAGACAACAGGAAAUUCCGGUUCCUGUGUUCCAAGCCAAGUCUGUUGAGGGAGUACCGGGACAAAACAGUCCGCCUGAGCACGGCCAACACACACUCCUACAGGAAAGUGGACGUUCGGUUUGAAGAGUUUGUGACGUCGCUGUUGACCCCUCAGUCUGAAGACACCCUGGGCAGCGAUACGCUCUACUUUUUUGGUGAUAAUAACUUCACUGAGUGGCAUUCUCUGUUUGAGAAGUACAAUGCUCCGCCUUACAGCCUGCCACGCACCAGCCCGGCGUACAGCUUCGGCAUCGCAGGUCCAGGUACCGGUGUUCCCUUCCACUGGCACGGUCCGGGAUACUCCGAGGUCAUCUACGGCAGAAAGCGCUGGCUCCUGUAUCCCCCUGAUCAGGCCCCUGAGUUCCACCCCAAUCACACCACCCUGCACUGGAUCUCACACUCGUACCCUAACCUGGAGAAACACAACACACCACUGGAGUGUACCAUCAGACCAGGAGAGGUGUUGUAUUUCCCAGAUCGGUGGUGGCAUGCUACUCUAAAUCUUGACACCAGUGUUUUCAUCUCCACUUUCCUGGGUUGAACACUACCAUCAUCAUCAUCAUCAUCCAAAAAGGACCAAUCAGAACUCCUCAUUCGAGACAUCAUGCCAGAAAGGACCAAUCAGAGUUCUGCACAUAGUGACAUCAUUUCUCGAGCACCGAUCUGAGCUUCUCAUUCAGUGACACUGGACCAAAAAACCCCAAAACAGCCGAUCGUCAUGUCGAGUGGUCAAACGGACCAAUCAGAGAUCAUUAUCUAGUGAUGUCAUUAUCUGAGGAGGACCAAUCAGGUCAGUUCGAGCAGUUCUGUAUGUCGUACUGAGCCGAAAUAGACACGAUUUUAAUAAAUGAACCUUGUUUUGUUUUUUUAAAAUCUGAAAUUAUUGAUUUAUUAAUAAACACAAAGCUUUUAGA